AAAGUUGUACAUAUCAAGUCUCGUUGUGCUCUGACGCCUGUCUUUGUUGACUUGCAAAAAUUAUGUCGGAUCACAGGCAUGGGCACAGUUGCGAGGGUGAGCACCAGCAUGAUGAAUCCCCGGAAAUGGGGGUGCAGUACAGUCUGUACACCAAAAUAGACAAGGAAAAUUUGGAAUGUCUGAACGAGGAGACGGAAAACAGUGGCAAAGAUGUAUUCAAGCCCUGGGAGCAAAGACUGAAUUUUGAGAAGUUUGUUGAGAGCGAUUGUGAUGAAGAACUGCUAUUCAAUAUUCCGUUUACCGGCAACAUUAAACUAAAAGGAAUUAUUGUUGUUGGCGCUAAUGACGACUCUCACCCGUCCAAAAUGAAACUUUUCAAGAAUAGACCGAAAAUGACUUUUGAUGAUGUCGGCGUCAAAGUAGACCAGGAGUUUGAUAUGCAGAGAGACCCGACAGGGCGUCUAGAGUACUCUCCAAAGGUUGUGACCUUUUCUUCUGUGCACCACUUGAGUAUUUACUUCCCAAAGAACUUCAGCGAUGGAGAGGAAUCGACUAGAAUUUAUUACAUCGGUCUGAAAGGAGAAUUUAGCGAGGCUCACAGACAUGGAGUGACAAUCUGCAAUUACGAAGCCUGGGCCAGUCCUUCUGACCAUAAAGUGGAUCAGGGUGACACAGUUUCCAAGAUGAUUCAGUGAUUUUUCUAAUAAAUUGCCUUGAAUGACUCACA